CCCCUCUUCCACCUGUAGGUCACGGUGCUGAACGAGGCAAAUUCGGAGGCCAAGGAGGAUGUGCGGAUCGGACGGAGUGAGCCAGGCCAGAAAGUCUUCGUUCACCUGACCAGGCUGAAGGGGGCGGGUAAAGAGAGUCCAGACUGCGCAGACCCUCGAGAACCGGGCGAGAAGAGUGAAGUGUGUGUUUUGGGUCAGUCCUGGGCUUUGACUGUCGAUUUUUCUGUGCAAUGAAGCUGGGACCCUGAAGCGAACAACACAGUACUGACAUAAACCUCAGACGUUUCGGCCUCUUCUUAUGGCCUCCCGGCAGAGAGACUACGAGACCAGCACCUUGAGCCUCCGCCAGGAAGAGGAGGAACAGCCGUCUGGCGGAGACUCACCCCAGUGCAGCCUCUGCCCUCUCCUCGCCGACGAGGACAAGGACACUGGACCGCGUUCUGGGUUCUAUGCUAACUCUAUGGUCCUGGGAUGUCUCCGCCGCAGCCGCCUGUCUCUGAAGUCUCUGCGGGGCUCCGCCUCCGAAAGACCCAUUCCCCACAGUGAACCCCUGAAGCCAGGGGAUGGCGCGGCUUCCGCCUCUGCAGAGGAGCCUUGCGCACAGCCGCACUCCCAAGAAGAUGAUCCAGAGAAUUCUGGAGCCAGGCCUGGCAAGGCCCCAUUGUACUUCGACUGGGUCAGGGGAGUCAUGAUCUGCUGCAUGCUCAACAUCUGGGGCGUCGUCCUCUAUUUGCGGCUGCCUUGGAUCACUGCUCAGGCCGGCAUAGGGCUCACAUGGCUCAGUAUCCUGCUCUGGGCUUCAGUCACUAGUAUCACCGGCCUGUCUAUUGCAGCCAUCUCCACCAACGGCAAAAUCAAGGCUGGUGGCAAGUACUUCCUUAUCUCAGGCAGCCUGGGUCCGGAGCUUGGCGAUUCCAUAGGGAUCAUCUUCGCUUUUGCCAACUCAGUAGCUGUGGCUAUGCACACGGUGGGCUUCGUGGAGACCCUUUCGGAUCUGCCCCUUGAGCAUGAGGUGUAGCUGCUGAACACGGAUCUGGAAAAUGAGUUGCGGGUGGUGGGCAUGGUGAUCUUGACCAUCCUUCUGGGUGUGGCGCUGGCCGGUGUGGAGUGGGAGUCUAAGGCCCAGAUGAUCUUCUUCUUCUUGACCCUCCUCUCUUUUAUCAACUACCGGCUGGGGACACUCCCCCCCCCACACCCCAGGCGACAAGCCACUGGCUUCUUUGGGUACCACGGAAGCGUUUUCUUGGAAAAUAUGGUCCCACAGCGGCGUGGUCCAGGGGGUAGUUUCUUUGGUAUGUUUUCCAUCUUCUUCUCCUCAGCCACUGGGAUACUCCCUGGGACCAAUAUUUCUGGGGACCGCAAGGACCCUGCUACAGCUAUCCCCAAAGGAACCCUCCUUGCCAUCAUGUGGACCACACUUUCCUACCUGGGUGUCUAUGCCAUCAUUGGCUCCUGUAUGAUUCGAGAUGCUUCAGGAAAUAGGACUGACAUGGGUGUGUGGAAUGAGAGCUGCCUGAGGCCAGAGCGCCAGUACAGCUGGGAUUUCAGCAGUUGUCGAGAGGAAGGGUCCUGCCUCCAUGGGCUCUCUAAUCACUACCAGGCCAUGAGCAUGGUGUCUGCCUUCAGACCCCCGACGUCUGCUGGGGUCUUCAGUGCCACUCUGUCCUCUGCCCUUUUCUGCUUUGUUUCAGCCCCCAAAGUCUUCCAGGGGCUGUGCCAGGAUAAACUAUACCUAGUCAUUGGCUUUUUCGGGAAAGGCUAUGUCAAGAACCAUGAACCUCUGCGAGGCUAUCUGUCCACCUUCCUCAUUGCUGUAGGUUUCAUCCUUACUGGUGAGUACUCCUCCUUCGCCCCCUCCUGCUCCAACUUUUUCCUCUGCUCCUAUGCCCUGGUCAACUUUGGCUGUUUCUGUGCCUCCCUUAGCCAGUUGCCUGGCUGGCACCCUUCCUUCCACUGGUAUAGUCCCUGGCUCUCCCUCCUGGGCUCUCUGCUCUGCCUGCUCAUCAUGUUCCUCCUCACUUGGUGGGCAGCACUCAUUGCUGUGUUGCUUAUCCUCCUGCUGCUUCUCUAUACAUUCCACAGGAAACCUGAUGUGAACUGGGGCUCCCAGGUGGGUACUUAUCAUGUGGCGCUGUCCUACUUAGAGAGCCUGACCAAUGUGCAGGACCACGUCAGGAACUUCUGGCCACGGUGCCUGGUGCUAAGUGGCCCCCACCAGCAUCCAACCCUGGUGGAUUUUGUGGGGGACUUCACCAAGAACAUGAGUCUCAUGACCUGUGGGAAUGUGGUCUUGGGUCCCCAAGCCAUUCAAGAGUCUGAGAAUCAUGUCAAUUGAGUAAAUGUCCAGAAGAUUCGUUCAUGCUACACAGUCACAUCUGCCCCCAGGCUACAUUCUGGGGCCCAGAGCCUCAUGCAGGUUGCAGGUUUGGGCCAGCUGAAGCCCAAUUUGCUGGUUUGGGGAUAUAAGCAAAAUUGGCAGGAGGUGCCGAUAUCAGCUGUGAAGGACUAUGUCAGCAUUCUUCAUGAUGCCUUUGACUACAACUAUGGCAUCUGCCUCUUAAGGAUGCAAGGUGGCUUAAGCCUGGCUACCCAACAUCAAGCUCAAGUAUCCUUACACCGGCAGCCUCAAACCUCAUUGCAGUCCAAGCAGGGCCGGUGGACAUUGGACCUGUACGGGCUCUGUGAGGAUGGAGGGCUGACUAUGCUGAUCCCCUAUGUACUGACACACACAAAAAAAUGGGCUCGAUGUCCUGUACGAGUUUUUGUGAGCAGUCCCCCUGAGCAGCUGGAGGAGAAACACAAAGAGUGAGCACUUCACGAAAACCCAAGGUUAUGGCCUAA